AUGGAAAAACUCUUGUACACUUGGAUUCAAGAUCAAAAUCAGCGACAGGUUCCUCUAAGUUUGGCUAUUAUACAAAAUAAGGCGCUGAGUAUCAUCAACACACUGCAAAAUAAACGUGGCGAGAAUAAUAGUGAAGAAACAAAAUGUUUUUCUGCCAGUCGCGGAUGGUACAUUCGCUUUAAAACGAGAUAUUCGUUACAUAAAAUUCGAGUGCAAGAAGAAGCUGCUAGUGCCGAUCAUGUGGCUGCUCAGAGUUUUUCUGGAAUAUUAAAGGAAAUUAUCGAAAGUGGAUACUAUUCGCAUAAACAAAUUUUUAACGUCGACGAAACUGGUUUAUUUUGGAAAAAAAUGCCUUCUCGUACUUUUAUAUCGCAGGAAGAAAAGUCUAUGCCUGGGUUUAAAGCGGCUAAAGAUCGUUUGACGUUGUUAUUGGGUUCGAAUGUUGAAGGUGAUCUUAAAUUAAAACCCCUUUUGGUUUAUAGGUCAGAAGAUCCUCGAGCUCUUAAUAAUUACGUCAAGAGUACUCUUCCAGUUAUAUGGAAGGCUAAUCCAAAGGCAUGGGUUACAUCAAUACUUUUUGAAGAAUGGUUUACUAAGCAUUUUAUACCUGAAGUGAAACAGUAUUGUUUAAACAAUAAUUUGGCUUAUAAAGCUUUACUUAUAUUGGAUAAUGCUCCCGGCCAUCCUUUACGUAUUGCAGAUAUCGAUCCUCAAAUCAAAGUUUUGUUCCUACCUCCAAACACUACUUCGUUGUUACAGCCGAUGGAUCAAGGAGUUAUAGCGUCUUUUAAGGCCUAUUAUCUCAGGAAAACUUUUUCGCAGGCUGUAAAGGCUAAUAAAAAUGAUGGCAUGGAGCUGAGAGAUUUUUGGAAAAGUUAUAAUAUCUUGCAAUGCCCAUCUGAAAGUUCAUCUACAGAUCAACCAAAUAUCGAUGAGAUCACAACUGACAUUGUUCAUUUGGCUAACCGUUUGCCUGACAUUGCAGUUACUGCUGAUGAUAUUGAUGAUCUGUUAAGCUCACAUUCGCAAGAACUGACCGAUGAAGAUCUUAUUGAAUUGGAGGCACAAAAAAAGAUAAUAAAAAAUUCAAGUAUUACAUACACGACUCCAAAGGAAACUCUCUUUGGUAUUCCGAAAUACGCCAAAGCUUUAACCCAGGUUGCAGAAAGCCGUGGUAUAGCUGUCAACUACAAGUUGGAACUAAAGGAAGUAACGCCAAGAAAUGCAGUCUUCAUCGGAAAUGGCGGACAGACUGUAAUCCUUCCAUACACUUUCAUGCACGUGACGCCGCCUAUGUCCCCACCCACUUGUCUUACUAAAUGUACGGAGCUGGCUUCCAAAGGGUAUUUAGAAGUGGACAAACAUACAUUACAGCAUAAGCGAUAUUCCAAUGUCUUUGGAAUUGGGGACUGUAUAAAUACUCCUAGUAGCAAAACAGCGGCUGCCGUUGCCAAUCAAAGUAAUGUAGUCGCCCAAAAUUUAUGGAAUUCAAUGUAUGGAAAGCCAUUGAUUGCGAAAUAUGAUGGAUACGGCGCAUGUCCCAUCCUUACAUCGUACAAACGGGGUAUUAUUGCCGAAUUCAAAUAUGACGGAAAGAUUGCCGAAACUUUGCCAUUUGAUCAGGCAAAAGAACGUCGUAUCUGCUUUUAUUUGCAAAAUAAUGUAUUCCCAUAUUUAUACUGGAAUAGACUAUUAAAAGGGAAAUGGAAUGGACCAGGAACAAUACGAAAAAUUAUAAACCCUUUCGCAAAACAAACAAGGGAAAAAUAA